AGGAGCCAACUUCAGUUUGGACUUACGUACAUUCUGUUCCUGACCUCUCUAUAUAUAGCUUUCGAUCAUAGUCGUUGCAUAUCAGGAUAGAAUAUCACAAGUUUGAUUACUUGUACAUCAGAUAAGGUUAUAUACAUUUGAGAUUGUGAUUUCAAUUAACAGAAGAGAUACUUGAGAAUGGUUAUAAGAUCACUUAGCUUCGACUCUAAGCAAAAGGAGACAUUGAGAAUGGUUAGCUUCAAGAAAAGAGAUUCAGAGAACGAUAAUGCGCCAGAUUUUUCUGAUAGCUGUGAACAACCUGACAUAUGCUUUGAGAAAUGGAAGCCCAAAAGGCCAAAACUCGAUGCAACUGUUUCCUACACGCACCAGGCAAAUACUCCUUCAAAAUCAUCGGCUGAAUUUGGAAUUCUCUUCUCUCCAAGGCCAGUUGGCGAGCUUGAUGAGGCUGCGGUUAAGGUGCAGAAAGUUUACAAGAGUUACCGGACUAGAAGAAACCUUGCAGACUGUGCCGUUCUUGUUGAGGAGCUCUGGUGGAAGGUAUUAGAUUUUGCAGCCCUUAGGAGGAGCUCUGUGUCGUUCUUUAGCAUUGAGAAACCAGAAAGUGCUGUUUCGCGAUGGGCUCGGGCUAAGAUGAGAGCAGCUAAGGUUGGAAAGGGGUUGUCGAAGGACGAGAAAGCUCAAAAACUAGCUCUCAGACACUGGCUUGAAGCUAUUGAUCCACGCCAUCGCUAUGGACACAACCUACAUUUGUAUUAUGACAUCUGGUUUAACAGUCAGAGCUCACAACCUUUCUUUUACUGGCUUGAUGUUGGAGAUGGUAAAGAAGCAAAUCUUGAUAAGUGCCAAAGGACCAUUUUGCAGCAUCAAUGCAUCAAAUAUCUGGGACCAAUAGAGAGGGAAGCAUAUGAAGUGAUCGUAGAGAGUGGGAAGCUUGUUUACAAACAAAGUGGGGUACCUUUGAACACCACUGAGUGCUCAAAGUGGAUAUUUGUGCUCAGCACAUCGAGAAACUUUUAUGUUGGGCAGAAGAAGAAAGGCCUUUUCCAGCACUCUAGUUUUUUAGCCGGAGGAGCCACAACUGCAGCCGGGAGAUUGGUUGCACAUAAUGGUGUUCUUGAGGCUAUAUGGCCAUACAGUGGUCAUUACUGCCCAACAGAAGAGAAUUUCAUGGAGUUCAUUAGUUUCCUCGAGGAGCACAACGUAGACUUGAGCAAUGUCAAGAGGUGUGCAAUAGAUGAUGAUGUUCCACCAUCGAAAUUUACCAAAGAAGAGGAGUCGAAGUCAAGCUCCAUCAAUCAUCAUGGACACCACCUUGACAAUGUCAAGGUGCCGGUACUUCAACUAGGCCAGCACCAGUCAUCCAAAUGGACUACUGGAGCUGGCCCACGUAUCGGUUGUGUAAGGGAAUACCCUCCAAUGCUGCAAUAUCAUGCGAUGGAACAAGUAAAUUUAUCCCCUCGGCUCAAGAUGGGACACUUUUUAUCUAGCACCCGCGUGAUCCCUUCGCCAAGGCCUAGUUCGAGCAUUCAUUUAUCGCCUCGGCUGGCUAAGAUGGGACUCCCUAGCCCAAGGGUAAAGCAUAAUUCUGUAGCAAACUAAGUUUUGACCAAUUUCACUGCAAUGGUGAAUUCUUGCUUUUGGAGCAGUUAGGUAUACUUUCUGGUGCAAGAUGUGAUCUUACAAGAGGAUGAAGAGGACUGACUCAGAGAUUAAGGUUUUUUCAUGGCCUUGAAUUUGGGGUCAUCUAACUUGAGCUGAUCCAAAAUUUACUUCUUAAUGGUGAUCCGGCCCUUUCGGGGCUUGGAUUUCCUUGUAUAGUCUUAUCGUUGUGCGUUUCAGCAGUUAGAGUUAUACUUAUGUUUUUUUUUUUAAUCAAUUCUUUGAAAUUGAAUUGUAUUCAAAUACAAGUGAAUUAAUAAAAUAAGUUCAAGAAUUUAUUGUAUAGAUUAUUGCCAAGAAUGCUUGAGCACAAU